CCCUCGCUUGCGCGUGUGCCCUCCACCCUAUUGGGGAUCCGUUUUUAUUUAUACCCGCGGACCUACAAUAAGGCGCUGGUGUAUAAACUCAGGCGGGGAGAGCACCUCUGAGUGAAUCAGACACCGCUCGUCUGAUGGUUGUAGAGCUCCGCGAAUUCCCGGAGUGAUCGCGCACUUUCCUGCCCAUCUUCUACGUGCAAAAAAAGCGUGCAGAGGACAGCUAGAUCUCCUACUGAAAACAAGUGGAUCUCUGUGGAUAAGAUCACCGGGCAGCCAUGGAAGAACUUACAGCUUUUGUAUCGAAAUCUUUUGACCAGAAAAGCAAAGAGGGCAGUAGCAGCGGCGGCAGCAGUGGCAACAAGAAGGAGACUAUCACAUACAGGGAAGUUUUGGAGAGUGGGUUGGCUCGAUCUCGAGAGCUAGGAAACUCCGAUUCUAACCUUCAGGACAUUACUGAGAGCAGCAGCCAUUGCCCAGUGCAUCUUUUCAAAGACCAUGUAGAGAGUGACAAGGACAAACUGAAGGAGUUCAGCACGGGCAGGGCUGCGGAAGGGAUCUACGAAUGCAAAGAAAAGAGGGAAGAUGUGAAAUCUGAAGACGAGGAUGGACAGACCAAGCUGAAGCAGAGAAGAAGCCGAACCAAUUUCACCUUAGAGCAGCUGAAUGAGUUGGAAAGACUUUUUGAUGAGACUCACUAUCCAGAUGCCUUCAUGAGGGAGGAACUGAGCCAGAGGCUGGGACUCUCUGAAGCUAGGGUACAGGUCUGGUUUCAGAACCGAAGAGCUAAAUGCCGGAAGCAAGAGAACCAGAUGCACAAAGGUGUUAUUUUGGGAACUGCAAGCCACUUAGACGCCUGCAGAGUAGCCCCUUAUGUUAAUAUGGGAGCCCUGAGAAUGCCUUUCCAACAGGUAGUCCAGGCACAGCUGCAGUUAGAAGGCGUGGCCCACGCACACCCUCAUCUGCAUCCCCACCUGGCUGCCCACGCCCCCUACCUGAUGUUUCCACCGCCUCCCUUCGGGCUCCCCAUCGCCUCCUUGGCUGAGUCUGCCUCCGCUGCCGCCGUGGUGGCCGCCGCUGCCAAGAGCAACAGCAAAAACUCGAGCAUCGCUGACCUGCGGCUCAAGGCCCGGAAACACGCCGAGGCCCUGGGGCUCUGACCCUCCGCGCCACGUGUGACAUGGAACGGACUGGAACUCCCUCCUCCCCUUCUCUUCUCUCUCUCGUUUUUUCCUCCUUCCUCUCCGCCAAACGCCAGCAACAUCGGGACUCGACCCUUCGCAUUCUCUCGCCCCUCUCCCCAGUUGGUUCUCUCCUCAUCCCUAAUGUCCUGGCCUGGGCUCCCCCGCAACCAUCGGCUUUUUGUUCCUGAAACAAUUCCACCGAGUGCUUUGACAGACUCAAGGUCCCAGGAGUGCACGCUCUGAGUCAAAAGCUCCUCGCUCACUUUGGACCCUAGUUGGUUCUGAAGAGUUUAGGCUCCAGCAUUUCUCCUUCUCUCCGGCACUUGGUGCUCUUAGUACAAUUAAAACAGGAGGCAGUGAUGGGCCUGAAAUCAGCCUGAGUCCAAAUUAAGAGUCACCUUAUUAAAAAAAAACAAAACAAACAAACAAAAACAAAACAAAAAACCAAACCCAAACACUAGAACAAACAACAAAACCCUUUACAAAGAUUUUCGGGAACAUAAGUAGGUGGUGGGCGGGAGGGACCCAACAAAAAUCCGAAAUGAUACUAAUCUAUGAACAUUGGGACUUUGGGAUUUUGACCCUGGCAAAAUUGAUCACAUCAGCAUUACUCUUCUUCUGUUGUCAGUUUUGCUACCCUGUGCAUGUGUCUAACUAAACACAUUUUGAAGAUCAUAAAAUAUAUUAAACAAAAGAUCCUUGGGGCUGGUCUCCAUUAAAGAUGACAUUUCUUUGUUGCCAACAGUAUUAUUUCACUGCCAUGAAUAUCUUCCAUCACUGAAGAGCUGCAGCGGAACUGGUUUGAAUUUAAAUGUGGAAUUUCAGAUCUGAGGCAAGAGGCAGUACUUUCCUUUCCAAAAAAAAAAGAAAAAAAGAAAGAAAGAAAGAAAAAGAAAGAAAGAAAGAAGGAAGGAAAAAGAAAAGAAGAAAGAAAAAAGAGACAAGGAAAGGAAAGGGGGGGAGCAGCAAUAACAAAAUGUGUCUCUCAAAAGGCUACAUCCUUUGAAGGGAGAUUGGGGGGGGGGGGGGGAGAAAGACCCGAAUUGCUAAAGCUGUAACCAUUAAUGGUGACUUGAACUAUGGGAACAAUGUCAAUGCACAGUUUGACCCCAUAUUACCGGAACUAGUUGAGAUGCGUUGUGCCAUAGGAACAGGUUGACGGUAUAAUUUUGCAAAUAUUUGAAUCUUCAAUUGACAUUUUUCUGUUUUACAGAAUUCAGAAACAAAUGACUUACAUAAAAAAGAUGGACAUAUGGUUUUACGGCAUAAUACUGAUGCAGCAUUAAUUUUUAGUGAAAUGCAAUUAUGUGCAGUAAAGUGCAAUACUGUAAAUAUUAUAGAUUUUAAAAAUAGCCGUAUGUUCUUACUCUGUCAAUAUCCAAUUUUGCAAGAAAGAUCACCUAGUUCUUGAUGCCCAGACAUAAAGGACUGGGACAUAUGCAGUUCUUUGCCAAAAUGACAGUUAGAUUCUCUAGAAGUGGUUAAAAUGAUAUGUAUUACAUAUGGAAAAAGAUGGAUACCAUGAUCCCUAGUCCAAUUAAUGUGCCAUAUUUCUGGGAAGAAAGAUAAAAAGCUAUUAUGACAUUUUUUUCAAUAAUUUUUAAGUAAGAGAGUAAUGUUUUUUAGUGGUAGGCAAUUCCAGUAUUUUUAUUUUUAUUUUUAUUCUUUUGGCCAAUACUGUAGACACCAAAUAGUAACUUGUCUUAGCAGAUAGUAUGAAAUGGAGGGAAAAAAAAAUCUCUUGAAAUGAUGUAACCAAAGUGUCUGGGUUUCCAAAUCAUGCACUUGAUUUUUGUGUAACUUUAUUUCAAUCAAUUUCCUAUGUUCUGUUUAUUGAGAGAGCAGUACUGGACUUGUCUACCUCUAACAAGAUGUCUUAUUUUUUGCCUUAGUCAUCAAGGCCUGCAUUGAUGGAAGCUUAUCCUCUAAAUAGUGCUGCCUUUAGGCCUCUUUAAAUAUAUAGAUAUAUAGAUAUAUAUUUAUGCCAUUUAGUAACCUGGUAAUACGAUUGGCAUUUACUGAAGUUUGAUUUCGACUAUUUUCAUAAGGUAGGACUUGAUGCAUUUAAUCUUUCCAAUUUAGCCAGUUAUAAGGUUUUUCCUGUCCUUGCUGAAUUUUAGUAUUUCCCACCAUUGGAUUUUCUGAAACCUAAAGGUUGAUUUUAUGCCUACUCAUUAUGGUGAAAAAUGGAUGCUUUUUGAAAAUCUUAAAAUUUUAAGUCUCAUCUGUUAUUCUUGUCCUCUUGCUAAACCUUAUGCUCCUUUGGAUAAUUUUUUAACAUGUUAUUUGAAUAGAACUCAACUAAAAAUGGCAGAAAGAACGAUCAGAAAAACAAGCAUGAUAUUUUAAAUCUGAGUAGCUUGAAAAGAAGUAUUAUUUGUAUUAAUAUAGAGGUCACAUUGUACACCUAUUUUUUCCUCUUUUUUUAAAGCACCCACCUCCACUCCAGCACUUUUUAUUUAAGUAUGAGACAAAAGAAAGAAAUUUACUUAAGCUAAAAUUUUUCUUUAAAUUUAUAAACACACCUUGAAAUUCUUUCAUGCAAUAACUAGCUGCAGUCAUAAUACUAUUUAAUACUUUGUAAAUGUUGGAAAGAAAAUUAAAAAAAAACAUUUUUUCCCAAACUGAAAAAAAAAUUAUAAGAUUUAUCUAAACAUAUUCCUUUAUUCCUUCCCCAAAGAGAAAACCCAUAUCACUGAGACAGGCGCACUUCCAACACACACACACAUAUGCACACACACAUAUUUGUAUUCCAAUCAAAAUAGAGUCAGAUAUUAUAGAAUGUAAUUGUCCAAUAGUUCUAGGGUUAUGAGUCAUGAAGCUCAAGGUCAGCUGGUCAGUUAUGUCCAAUUGGGUUUAUAUCUCCAAAAAACUAAGUUGUUUUUCUUUUACUGAUAAGUUUUGAAUUAAUGUUUAAAUAAGAAUAUUAAUAAGUCAAUCAGAUUUAUUUUUUCAAUACUGACAUGUAAUAUUGCCAAAGUUAAUUGAAUUGAAGGAUUUACUGGGUAAAAAUGAGUCCAUAUCCUAUGAAAACAAAGUUGACUGUAGCCUCCAACUUCUCAUUUCUUUAGCCUCUUAUAGUUUGUCUUGGGUGGCAAGUUUAUUUGAUGGAGGUAAGAGCAGCUUUAUAUUUUUACAUGUUUUGAAGCAGACACCAUUGAAUGACUUAGGAGGAUAGAAUGCCAGCAAAUGCUCAUAAUAAUGAUGCACUUCACUUAGAUUUUCUUUCUUCUGUUUGAUAUUCAUGCUUGAAAGAGUGAAAUGUCACAUUGCUGCAGAAUUUGGCACUUGAUUCUACGUUUGGUGCUGCAUAGUUAUGUUGGUACUUGGACCAGAAAGUUUACUAAGAGUGGCAUUGCAUACAGUGUGCACGCAGCAGUUCUUUCUCUUUGGAAUCUUUGAGUAGAAGCCACGGAGAAAUUCACUGAACUAUGGUCAGGACAUAUCACACAAGCUUUCAUCUUUAUUUCCUUUCUUUUCCGUGUGUUAACAAGUAUAGUGAAUGCCAAGAGGUUUUGUUAAUGUAUGUGGUAUACUAAUUUCCAAGAGAGUGCCUCAUUGAAUGAUGGUGUUCACAUUAUUAAUCCUUGCAUGAAUUUUUGCUGUGAGAAUGACAAAAAGCCCCAAGCCUUUCAGAACUGAGGACUUUGGGCAAAUGUCUACUGGGCUGAGUUGGUGUUUCUGGUUAAAGGAUCAACUACUUUACAUAGUACUAUUAAAAAAGAGCAAAACUAAACAUGCAAACAGAAACACAGAACAUUUCAGUGAACCGUUUUGAGAGAUAUAGAAAAAAAAAUCCCGAUUGCCAAAUUUUCCUGCUAUAAAAUCACAUGGUUCUUCAGAAAUAGUUAAAUUUGUUGAAUUGUUGAGUAGCUAAACAUUUUCUAAAAUCUGUAAACUUGAGAGAAGAGGGAAGUAGGAAGUGAAAAUCAACUAGUUUAUGCAGGCUCUAUUAAUAUUAAAUUAUAUGUUGUUGAUGUCGAAUCGCUCAUACACUAGUUUCUUUUCUUCCUUCAUCCAUGAUCCUCACCAUAUAUGAACUCCAAAUCAAUCAACCUUUUUAAACACAAAUUUGUAUUUGUCUAAUUUGGGGUAUCUGACUGAUGACUGCUGGUUAUUAGAUGCAUGCUUCUGCAAAACUGUGACACAUGUAAAUGUCAAUAUUUGGGAAAAGUACAGUUUUCAAAGGGAGAGGGAAUGUGCCCUUCUAGUCCCUUAAAUUAUGUUAGUUCUUUUCCCACCCUCCAAUUAUCUCCUUAUUUUUAUUGGUCCUGGACACAAGGAGGUGACAGAUUCUAUUUUUAUACAGUUCCAAGAAAUGACAACAACAAUACAAGUCUUCCUUCCCCAUGCCCUCAAAAAAGAGAACAAGUAAAACAACUUCAAUGAAAAACAGACUUUGUCAAUAUUGUUCAUCCAUUUAGGUCUGCUCUCAUUAAAUAGACAUGAGUAGAUAGGCAGAGACUUUAAGCAUGGUCACUGCUUAAUGCAGACCCUGGAACAAUCCUCUGCCUCUCCCACUUAGGAGCCUAAUAUCUUAUAAUAGGUGUAUUUUCUUACUCAUUUUUUUUGUCAUUAUUCCAAAUAGAUGGAUGAGUGUCAUGAACUUGUCAGAACUUCCAACUUGGUUACCUGUAUCUUUUGUGACUGUAGGGGAAUCUAAGAAGACGUGGGGUAUUUGAAAGUGUCAAGCUAGUGUUGUUGUUCAUGGUUCAAUGAUUGGCUGUUAGUAAGGGGGAAUUAUAAGACCCAUUAUAGGAAGGUACCAUUUUUUUCUCUGUAUCCAUCAUGUCCAUUCCUGCCUUUUAAUCAUUAUGCUAGCCUCUGAGUCCUUACCAAAACUUUAUCAUUCUUCUCAGCAUCUUCACCGAGGCCCAAGAAGGACUCCAAGUUUUUAAUUUGUGAGGCACAGUUUUAAAGUUUCACUUUUCUCCAAGCUGGGGAUAUCUCAGUUGAUGUUUGAUAUUUUUAUCUGGUGCCUAACUUAUUAGAAAUCAGUCUAAGAAUAGGCUGAUAUUUUUCAAUAUACAUUGAAACUUGAUGCAAUUUAUAAACAUUGAAUUGAAAUUUGAUAUUUAAUGAAGAAUCAGUUGAGGAAUGUAGAAAAUAUCAAAUUUCAAAGCUAUUAACACACUAUUUAUUGAAAGGUGAUACUUUCAUGAAUCCAGGCCCAUAGUAUGUAGAAAUUACAUCAGAGAUAGGCAGAUCUCUCUGUUUCUUGGUAUUGAUGUAUGUGGAUGUUUUAUUUAUUUUUUGUUUGAAAGUUUCUAAAUGUGUGAUAUUUUAAUUAUGUUGAGUGUAAAUUUGACAUUGCUUUGCAUUUAUUUUUAUAUUUUUAAACCUGUUGCUUUUGCAAAUCUAUGAGCAGCCAGUAUGAUUUACAGCAUUAUUACAAUGUUUGGGUUAUGUAUACAUAGUCCAAGUUUACAGACAUUUCAGGGAUUGCAAAAAAUGAAAAGAAAAAAAACUAUCUAAAACCAACUGGUCUUAAAGUUUGUAUCCCUUUGUUAUUGUGGAAAAUUAUUUUGAAUUUUUUGGUCAUGCUAGCAUGCUCCUACACGAAUUCACCAAACAUGUUCAGUUCUAGUUAAAGAGUGUAUUUUGUUGAAUCAUAUGGUAUGAAUGUACAUCUUGUAAAAGUGACAUAUGAAUAAACUUAUAAAUAUUUGUA